AAAACUCCUGCUUCGCAAGCAGCGGCGAGCGGCGUCAGCGUGCACACAAGUUUCCUCCUUCGCUUUUCCAGUGCCCCCCUCGUUUCCUAGGGUUUCCCCAACCCGCCGCUACGACGCGGCCUACCCGCUCCGCCGCCAUCCAUUUCCGAUCGGUUUCGAGAUCUCCAGGUGCUGAUCUCCUCCUUCCUCGGAAGGACGUAAGUGAUCCAAAGACUCCUUUUGCCUUCUCUGUCUCGUCCAAGUUUGGCGUUCUGCCGUCGCCGCCUCUGGAAGUGACGAAGUAUGCCAGAGUUGAAAAAAUUUCAAGCAAGAUUCAUAACCUUCCUAUCUACUUUCCUCACUGCAGCAGGAUAAAUCUUCAUCCUUCAUUGACCGCAUGUUGAGCUGUAAGUCAACUAGCAACAAAAUUCUUGAGAGGUUGCUGCUUCUAUAUUAACUAAUUUAGGUGGAUCGAGAUUUCUUUACGAUGUGAACUGUAGCAUUCUCCCUUGUCUAUAUAGAGGUUCAAUGGAGGUCACUCAGAUUCUCUUGAAUGCACAAGCAGUGGAUGCUACUGUUCGGAAACAUGCAGAAGAAAGUCUGAAACAGUUCCAGGAACAAAACCUUCCUGCUUUUUUGCUAUCUCUUUCUAACGAGUUAGCCAACAAUGAGAAGCCUGUUGAUAGCCGAAAGUUGGCAGGCUUAAUACUUAAAAAUGCUUUGGACGCAAAAGAACAACUGAGGAAAGCUGAGCUUGUUCAGAGAUGGUUGUCUUUAGAUGUGACUAUCAAAUCCCAGGUUAAAUCUUGCUUGCUGCACACUCUUUCAUCUCCAGUGCCUGAUGCUAGGUCUACUGCUUCCCAAGUUAUUGCUAAGAUUGCUGGUAUUGAACUACCUCAGAAACAAUGGACUGAACUUAUAGCGUCUCUACUCUCAAACAUACAUCAGCUCCAGUCGCAUGUUAAGCAGGCUACACUGGAAACUCUUGGCUAUAUAUGUGAGGAAGUUUCUCCACAAGUGGUUGAUCAAGACCAGGUCAACAAGAUACUUACGGCUGUAGUACAGGGAAUGAAUGCUUCAGAGGGAAGUACAGAUGUCAGGGUUGCUGCGACAAGAGCAUUGUAUAAUGCUUUGGGUUUUGCACAAACAAAUUUUUCAAAUGACAUGGAACGUGAUUAUAUUAUGAGAGUGGUCUGUGAAGCCACUUUGUCUCCAGUUGAGAAGAUCCGGCAAGCUGCAUUUGAGUGUUUAGUAGCUAUCUCAUCUACCUACUAUGACAAGCUUGCAUCAUAUAUGCAGGACAUAUUCAAUAUCACUGCAAAAGCUGUGAGAGAAGAUGAGGAGCCUGUUGCUCUGCAGGCUAUAGAAUUUUGGAGUUCAAUCUGUGAUGAGGAAAUCGACAUCUUGGAUGAAUAUGGGUACUCUGCUGAUUCUGAAGUGCCUUGCUAUUAUUUUAUUAAGCAAGCUCUGCCUGCUUUGGUUCCCAUGUUAUUAGAGACACUUCUUAAGCAAGAAGAGGAUCAAGACCAGGAUGAAGGUGCUUGGAACCUUGCGAUGGCAGGAGGAACUUGUUUGGGUUUGGUUACACGCACAGUUGGGGAUGACAUCGUGCCUCUUGUGAUGCCAUUCAUUCAGGAAAACAUCACAAAACCAGACUGGAGGCAGAGAGAGGCUGCCACUUAUGCAUUUGGUUCAAUUCUGGAGGGUCCAUCAUCGGACAAGCUCAUCCCUGUCGUCGAUACUGCUUUAAACUUUAUGCUCACUGCCUUGACGGAAGAUCCAAAUAAUCAUGUCAAGGACACUACCGCUUGGACACUGGGAAGAAUAUUUGAGUUUCUCCAUGGAUCUAUGUUGGAGGUUUCUGUCAUAACUCAUGUGAAUUGCCAGCAGAUACUUACUGUCCUCCUUCAGAGCAUGAAAGAUGUUCCUAAUGUUGCUGAAAAAGCCUGUGGUGCUCUUUACUUUCUUGCCCAAGGUUAUGAAGAUAGUUCAGGAUCACCACUGUCCCCUUUCUUCCAAGAGAUCAUUCAGUCUCUCCUUAAUGUCACACACAGGGACGAUGCUGGGGAAUCCCGCUUGAGGACAGCAGCUUAUGAGACACUGAAUGAGGUUGUGAGAACGUCAACCGAUGAGAUAGCCCCAAUUGUGACUCAGUUGCUCCCAGUUAUAAUGAUGGAGCUCCACAAAACGCUUGAGGGCCAGAAGCUGUCAUCAGAUGAGAGAGAGAAGCAGAAUGAACUGCAGGGCCUUCUUUGCGGGUGUUUACAGGUUAUCAUCCAGAAGUUGGGAGCAUCUGAGACAACAAAGUAUGGUUUUAUGCAGUAUGUUGACCAGAUAAUGGAACUUUUUCUCAGAGUAUUUGCUUGCCGGAAUGCCACAGUGCACGAAGAAGCCAUGCUUGCAAUUGGUGCCCUUGCAUAUGCUGUUGGGGGAAAUUUCAUAAAGUACAUGCAAGGAUUUUAUCCAUAUUUGGAAAUGGGUCUUCAAAAUUUUCAGGAGUAUCAGGUAUGUGCUAUCACUGUUGGAGUGGUUGGAGAUCUAUGCAGAGCAUUGGAGGAUAAGAUACUACCCAUUUGUGAUGGAAUCAUGACACAGUUACUGAAGAAUCUCUCCAGUAGUCAGUUGCACAGAUCUGUUAAACCCCCAAUAUUUUCUUGCCUGGGAGAUAUUGCACUAGCAAUUGGGGAAAAUUUUGAGAAAUAUUUAAUCUAUGCCAUGCCUAUGCUACAGAGUGCAGCAGAACUGUCUUCACAUACUGUUGCAACUGAUGACGAAAUGCUGGAAUAUGCCAAUCAACUUAGGAAUGGGAUCCUGGAAGCAUACUCUGGUAUAUUGCAAGGUUUUAAAAACUGUCCAAAGUCCCAGCUCCUAAUGCCUUAUGCACCUCACAUCCUUCAAUUUAUUGAUGCACUAUACAACGAAAAGGACAUGGAUGAUGUUGUUAUGAAGACUGCGGUAGGCGUCCUAGGGGAUUUAGCUGACACCCUCGGCAGCCAUGCUAGUACAUUGAUGAACCAGUCUGUUGCAAGCAAAGAGUUCCUGGAAGAAUGCUUAUCCUCAGAUGAUCCAUCCAUAAAAGAGUCUGCUGAAUGGGCUAAGAUGGCCAUUAGUCGGGUGGUCUCUCUUUAAUCGUAAAGAAUGGUGUUUUAUGAGUCUGCAUAUGCAUAGUUGUCAAGUCUGGUCUGGGGUUGCAUACAUGUUUCAGUUGUCACCAGUUUGCACACAGGAUUUUUUAUGGGCAGAGUCGCGCGGGCUAUUUUCUUAUAUAGACAUGAGCAUCAUGUAUUGGUUUCUUCCCAUUUCAAUGGGAACUUGCACUGCAAAUGAUCCAACUACGCCUAUCAUGCAGGAAAGCUGAACCUCUUGUGGAAAAUCCAUAAGGGGCUACAGAUAGGUUGUAUUAAGGAUCGGGAUUAAAUUGUCAUUGCAUUAUCCCAGUGCCAUCAUUUUGCAGCAUAAGCAAGUCUAUAAUUUGUAUUCUCUUGGUCUAUGAAGCAUAUUUUUACAUAUUCAGUUAGAUACUGAGUACUGCAACUGUCAGAGCAUUUGCUAAUUUUCCUUUUUAGGAAUUUUGAUUUCCUUUUGGGAAUUUUGUCUUAGUUAUUUUGUAUCUUUGGAGAUGAAUACUAUUGGUCGUCCUCCCUUGGAGCAAUUGUAGAAUUUAUAUCAUGUUAUUGCUCGGUCACACAAAAUUGUCACUUAUUGCUCAGUGAUUUCGUUAA